UCAUAUAUUUGCCACUUUCUUGUCAUGAAGUUUUCAAGAAAAUAUUAUGCCAUCGCCAAAAACAUUGCCAAUGGGCCCUUCUAAACCGCGAAACGCGGUGGCUCCAGAUAGCUCAUUACCUGCUGCUCCGGUUCUGUUACAACAACCAUCUCACAAAAAAGGUCAAUGGAAAUCUACAAAACUCUUCCGGCGUGUAAAGUCAGUUUUCCGGUCAUUUCCUGUAAUAAAUCCUCCAUGUAAGAUGCCGGUUUCUCUACAUGGAAACAGGCUUCAUGAAGGACACAUACAUGGAGGAAAACAAAUGACAGGAACUCUAUUUGGGAACAGAAAAGCUAGGGUUAAUCUUGCAAUUCAAGAAAAUCCUAGAGGUGUUCCGUUGCUUGUUCUAGAACUUUCUAUCCAAACUGGUAAACUACUCCAAGAUAUGGGUUCUGGACUUGUUAGAAUAGCUCUCGAGUGUGAAAAGAAUCAUUCUGAGAAACUCAAGCUAAUCGAUGAACCUAUAUGGACCAUGUACUGCAAUGGACGAAAAGUUGGAUAUGCUGUUAAGAGAGGGCCUACAGAGGAUGAUCUUAAGGUUAUGCAGAAUCUCCAUGCAGUAUCUAUGGGAGCUGGCGUUCUACCAACUGAGUCCUCAGAAGGAGAGCUUACUUAUAUGAGAGCUUUUUUUGAACGUACUAUUGGAUCAAAGGACUCCGAGACUUAUUAUAUGAUGAAUCCUAAUGGCACCAGUGGUCCUGAGCUAAGCAUCUUUUUCGUUAGGAUUUGA